CUUGGCCUUCGCGCUUCCUGAUUGACGUAAAUACUCUCCGAUGGAUGCUAAGAAAUAUUCAGAUCUCACUGUUAUUUUUAGAUGGUUGUGUGUUGAGUCAAUUUUUUAAGGUGAUACAGGAGGCACCUGAAAACCCCACAAUGCCUUAUUUUGGCUCGGAGGAGACGGUGAAAGAGCUCAAGCGAGCACUGUCCAAUCCAAACGUUCAAGCAGACCGCCUCCGCUACAAAAACUACAUCACCAAAGUCAUCAGGUACAUGACACAGGGCCUGGAUGUCUCUGCUUUAUUUAUGGACAUGGUGAAAGCGAGUGCUACGGUGGAUAUUGUUCAGAAGAAGCUGGUUUAUCUGUACAUGUGCACCUAUGCCAGUGACAAGCCUGACCUGGCUCUGCUGGCCAUCAACACGCUCCGCAAGGACUGCGCUGAUCCCAAUCCCAUGGUGCGAGGGUUGGCCCUGAGGAACAUGUGCAACUUCAGGAUGCCGGGGAUGACAGAGUACAUAGAGCAGCCCAUUGUUGCUGGUCUGCAGGACAAGGCCAGUUACGUAAGGAGAGUCGCCGUGCUCGGCUGCGCCAAAAUGCACAGCCUGCAGCCCAACAACGAGAUCGACGGCGCUGUAGUGAACGAGCUGUACGCGCUCCUGAGGGACUCGGACCCCGUGGUUGUAGUGAACUGCCUUCGAGCUUUGGAGGAGAUUCUCAAAGAUGAGGGUGGUGUGGUUAUUAACAAACCCAUUGCUCAUCAUCUUCUCAACAAAAUGAAGGACCUGGACAGUUGGGCUCAGAGUGAAGUCCUCACCUUCCUGCUGCGCUAUCGUCCUCGCAGCGACGACGAGUUGUUUGACAUCCUCAGCCUGCUAGACGCCUUCCUCCAGAGCGCUCACGCGCACGUGGCGGUAUCCACGCUCCGCCUCUUCCUUCACCUGGCCGCCGCCCACCCGGCCGUGCAGGCCGACGCCCUCCUGCGCUCGAUCGCGCCCCUGCUGGCCGCUUGCGGCGCCGCGUCCCGUGAGCUCCGCUUCGCCGGCCUCUGUCACGUACAGCAGGUCAUGCGGAGUCAGCCGGGCCUGUUCGGCACGCAGUACAAACGCUUCUUUUGUGGGUACUCUGAACCCGGUUACAUUAAGUUUCGCAAGAUGGAGAUCCUGGUGGAGCUGGUGAAUGAUGAAAACGUGGCUUUGGUUUUGGAGGAGCUGAGAAGCUACUGCACCGAUGUGUCUCCCGAACUGGCCCAGGCAGCCAUUGCCGCUAUCGGACGUAUUGCACGAACAUACAGUGAAAAGUGUCUGCAUAUCCUGACCGGACUGCUGGCUCUGAAACAGGAUCACAUCACGUCAGCCGUGAUCCAGACGUUCAGGGAUUUGGUGUGGUUCUGUCCUCAGAGUACGGCCGCCGUGUGUCAGACCGUCGAGGCUUGUGUUGACGGUCCUCAAGAUAGCGAGGGAAAGCAGGCUCUGUUGUGGCUUUUGGGAGAACAUGGCGAUCAGAUCAGCAGCGCCCCCUAUGUGAUGGAGGGCUACAUAGACGGCCUGAAGACCGAGCUGUCUUCGGCCGUGAAGAUGGAGCUGCUGAGCGCCUCGGUCAAGAUGUUCCUGUGCCGCCCCGCCGAGACUCAAGACAUGCUGGGACGUCUUUUACAUUACUGUAUUGAGGAAGAGAGCGACGUGUGUGUGCGUGACCGGGCUCUGCUGUACUACAGACUGCUCCAGCGGGGAGCUGAAGAGACGAGGAAGGUUGUAACCGGACCCAAAUCUGAUCCGUCCAUGAGUGUUCUCACCGGACGCCAACAAGAGCCCAUUAGUCAGUGGGCCUCUACCUUCAACACACUCGGCCCUCUGGCUGGACGCGACUUCUGCCUUCACACGGCCGCUCUACCAGCCGCCGGCCAGCCAUCCAGCGGUGCAGAGAAGGAGCUGUUGCCAGAAAGUACAGAUGUAACCCUCUCCAGCCCAGAUGACACGGAAGAGGAGAUCAGUCUAUCUCUGGGUCCUCCUCUAUCCCAUGAGACUUUUGAGAAAAUGUGGAUGGACUUGGAGAUUCUCCACACGCAAACUCUGGGUUGCCCCCGACCCAGAUCGGCUCCGGAUGCGUUGCAGGCUGCCUUACAGCUGGUGAAGAUCCAGACUCUGGCCUUCACUCCGGGAGACACUGUGCCGUGGAAGGCCUACAUCUACACCAGGAGCGCUGGGACCCUGAUCCUCGCCGAGCUGCUGCAGGGGGAACCCCAGGGCCCCGGCCGUGAUGAAAGCCUGCUGGUAUCAGUCAAACAGCAGCCCGAAAACCAGCGUGCCACCAGAGGAUUCGUUUCAAUACUCAAGAGUGUGCUGCAGACUCUUAAUGUUGACGGUUCAUGAUAUUCAGAAGCUACUGCUAUUGCUUUAAGGACGAUGUGCAGUGUAUUCCGGUACCCAAGCUGGAGCAUCUCCAACUUUCUAAACACAAAUGCCUACCAAUAAAACAGUAGUUGGAAUCACAGACCGUUUUUAGCACUUUACUGGUUUAAGCGCAUUCAAAUUUAGCACACGCGUCGAAAUAAAUCAUUUCUUUGCAGGUAUAAGGAAGUUCAUCAGAAAUAAGGAAGCUCAGAAUUGCUUUUUCAUGCAGGUUGCCCAACAGAUCCGCGUUGUAUGUCUCGCAUGCUUUUCACAGAAAUGUCAAACAACUUAUAAAUGUGUGGCAGCGGUCUUCUGUGUUUAUAACAGACCGAAUUCCAGAGCGAAGCCGAGUUUUAAUGGUGAAAGCGAGGUAAAGGCUACCACGGUCCACAUAUACAGAGAUAUACUGGUUUCUCAGUAACACCAUGAUAAUAAACAAGUGUGACAUUGA